CGCCGCUGGUCGCGGGGCUCAUGGACCUACCCGCCGCCACCGGGAGGUCGGAAGUUGGAUAAGAGUGCUGCUUUUCCGGCGCUGCAGACUGUUUUGGAGGAUUCCCGCAGGAUCUGCCGGUGCGUGUCUGCCUCCCGCCCCGCUUUCCGGGUCGGUGGUCGGGGAGCAGGCAGAAGAGAUCAUGUCUUUCCGAGGCGGAGGUCGUGGAGGCUUUAAUCGGGGUGGUGGGGGUGGCGGUUUCAACCGUGGCGGCGGCAACAGCCAUUUCCGAGGCGGAGGAGGCGGCUUCCGAGGCGGCGGCGGCAGAGGAGGAUUCGGACGAGGGGGUGGCCGUGGGGGCUUUAACAAGGGCCAGGACCAAGGACCUCCGGAACACGUAGUCAUAUUAGGAGAGUUCAUGCACCCUUGUGAAGAUGACAUAGUUUGUAAAUGCACCACAGAUGAAAAUAAAGUGCCUUAUUUCAAUGCUCCUGUGUAUUUAGAAAACAAAGAACAAAUUGGAAAAGUGGAUGAAAUAUUUGGACAACUUAGAGAUUUUUAUUUUUCAGUUAAGUUGUCAGAGAACAUGAAGGCGUCUUCCUUUAAAAAACUACAGAAGUUUUACAUAGAUCCCUAUAAGCUGCUGCCGCUGCAGAGGUUCCUGCCGCGGCCCCCCGGGGAGAAAGGCCCUCCCAGAGGCGGAGGCCGGGGCGGCGCUGGAGGAGGCGGCAGAGGCGGAGGGGGCCGAGGGGGCCGAGGGGGCGGCCGAGGCGGUGGCUUCAGAGGUGGACGGGGCGGCGGAGGUGGGGGCUUCCGAGGAAGAGGGGGCGGUGGUUUCCGAGCACAGAAGGUGUCUACAUUGCUACUCAUCUUAAGGAAUAAGCGGAUUGCCUACUACAUGUUCAGAUUCCCGGGUGGGGAUGUUAAAAAGGAAAACUUUGGGUCACCAUUGCCAGCGUAG